AUGGUCUCGCACUCUUCACCGCACCCCAUCGGGCCGUCAAGCUCAGACUUCGCUGAGGCAUCCGACGAAGCAUCCGACUCCGUGCUGAGGAAGCAUGUCUGGCAUGAUACGUCCGGAGUCUAUUGUGUCGGAUUGGAAAAUGGGACUCAUGAUCACCUCGUUGCACAGUUCAUGACCCUGCUGAGCGUCAUCCCGGGAAAAUUGGCAGACCGCUACGGCUACAAGCCCUUCCUCGCUGCCGGCGGGAUCCUGUGGACGCUGAGCAUGAUUCUGUGCGUGUUCGCCGCGCAGUUGUGGCAUUUCUUCGUGAUCAUACAGACCAUGGCGGGCCGGAGUACCUACCUCUACGAAGACAUCCUCUUGCACAUCCUUGACCUCGCCAGCAAGGAUCUGGUCCGCACUCUCAUGCAGACGUGCCGUAUGUUCCACGAACACGGCACAAAAUACCUCCUCAAGGACGGCGUCUCCCUCACGACCGACAAGCAAAUUAUGUCGUUCAUGCUGUUCGUCGGCAGCGACAGCGGUCGCGAGCGGCAAUGCAUUUUGCUUCUCCGUGAGCUGACAUUGUCAAGACGGCGAUGUACCGACGACGCACAAGAUUCCGACCUGGUGCAAUUCCACGAAGAUACCGCCGGGAUAUUCCUCCGUGGAUUCUUCACCGCCAUCUCUUCGUUUGGGUGCCUGCUCAGGUUGACCAUCUACGACUCCGAGGAGGUCCUGGGCUUGCAUCCUGCGCUCCCGGAGGCCAUCGCUGGGCUCCCCACGCUCACAUACCUCAGCGUCUCCUCAGCGGGGCCCUGCACGGUCAGGAUGCUGAAGGCGCUCCGCUCCACCCUGUUCUACGCCAACAUCGGCAUAGGGCCCGAACCGUGGGACAUCGGGAACGAGCUCACCCUCGAGGACCAGAACCCGAUGUGGCUCCUGCACCGCUCCCAGGACACCCUGCGCGAGCUCGACACGACCUUCUCCACCAGCGCGUCCGACAGCCCAAUAUACCCGCACGCCACCGUCCUAAACCUCGACUACUUCGACAUCCCACAAAUGCAGCACUAUGUCCGCGCGUUCCCAAACCUGCGCGUCCUCACGACCAAAGACUACUGUUCCAGGUCACGGGGGGAAAGCGGCGGCGAAGACUUGGACAUGCGGCGCGCCCAGAACCAGAACGAGCAGGACCGCCUUGGGACGUGGCCCUCGCUGGAGCGCUUCCGCGGGACCGUGACGAACCUCUACCUGCUCGGGCUCCGCUGUCCCGUCGGCACGCUGUAUCUCGACCAAGAUGGUGAGAGGUUCGACCCGACCAUGCUCCACGCGGUGCUUGGCGACGCGUGCCCGCGGCGGCUGCAGCUCCGCUUCGACGGUGGGGACUGGCUGGCCGACCCCGACUUCCUGGCAACGUUCGCGCACCCGGGCGUACAGGCGCUCAAGCGGUUCGACCUCAUCGUCAAUCUGCAAAAGGAGGACCGGGGGAUGGACAUAUCCGUCGCUUUGGACCCGGCCGUGUUGGCGUCCCGCAUCGUUGUGCCGCUGAAGAACCUCGUCGCUUUCUGGUUGUGCCUGGACUGCUCGUGGAUCAGAUACGUCACCUAUGGCGAAGAGCCUCCGCUUGAGCCGGUCGAGGAGGCCUUGGUAGGGUGGGAUAUGGAUGAAUUCGCACACCGCAUGCUCCAGGAGGUUGGCGCAUCCGCGAAGCUUCAGUCAGUCACUGUAUCCAUUCAGUUCCAUCGCACACGGAGUCAAGAGACAGUCACGAUUGGCGCGACAUCGUCUCUCAGCUGA